UUUCGGCGGACAAAUGCCCACCAAUCUUUCUCAGUGCUCAAACCUUGAGAGUUUGAAUCUCGUUGAUAACCAACUUGUGGGCAAAAUUCAUGAUGAUCUUGGCUCUUUGUCAAAGCUUCGAGCUUUAGGUUUGGCUAUCAACAGUCUUACAGGAUCUAUUCCUCAUUCUAUUGGAAAUCUCUCCCAACUUUACACGCUCUCCGUCACAGAAAAUGGGCUGCGAGGAGAGAUUCCCGAGACAUUGACCAAGCUUGGUGGUUUGAGGUUUGUUGGAUUGGCGUUUAACCAACUCACCGGCGAGAUCCCUCCCGCAAUCUUUAACAUCUCCAGCAUUUUCUCCUUCAGCGCCGGUGAGAAUCAAUUGAGAGGGAGCAUUCCCCCUUAUAUCGGCAACACUCUUCCAUCUCUCACUUUUCUUAAUUUUCGUAACAACUUGUUUACUGGCGUUAUACCUCCGUCCUUAUCGAAUGCCUCCGGCCUUGAGUACAUCUACUUUAACAAUAACAGUUUUCACGGACCGAUGCCCGCAAAUCUUGGAAGGCUAAAAGCUCUUGAAGCAAUGUAUUUUAGUUCUAACCAGUUGCGAGAUGACUUCAGUUUCAUUACCUCAUUGACUAAUUGUUCAAGGCUGGAAAUUAUUGGGGUGGACCUCAAUUUUCUUGAAGGUCCGUUGCCGGAUUCCAUUGGCAAUCUUUCCAACAGCGUUACACUAAUUUCUAUGGGGUACAACCCAAUGUUCGGAACCAUUCCUCCAGGUAUUGGCAAUCUCUUUUACCUGUCCUUUCUUGGCUUAGAGUACAAUUCGCUCGGCGGUCGUGUUCCUUCUUCUAUCGGAGCACUCCAUAACUUGCACGAAUUGUACUUAAGCAGAAACAUGUUAACGGGAGAGAUCCCAUCAUCGAUCGGCAAUUUGACGCUAUUGAAUCGCCUUUACCUGUCGUUCAACGACUUCUAUGGGGAAAUACCACAGUCUUGCUUGGCACAAAACCAGUUGAGCGGAUCUCUUUCAUCUCAAGUUGGGUCCUUGGCCAAUCUUGUCGAACUGGAUCUAUCUUACAACAAGCUGACCGGACCAAUUCCUAGCUCCAUCAGCGAGUGCUUGCAAUUGGAACGGCUCAGCUUUGCAGUCAAUUCCUUUGAUGGCGAAAUUCCUCCGGCUUUAGGCACAUUACGGGGCUUACAACAGUUGGAUGUUUCCCAUAAUGACUUCUCUGGUGAAAUCCCGAGGUUUCUCGCUCAACUUACGGAUCUGAAUUACUUGAAUCUAUCUUUAAACAAGCUCGAAGGAGAAGUUCCGAAGCAAGGAGUAUUUCUCAAUGCUAGUGCAGUGUCCAUUUUUGAGAAUAGUAAUCUCUGUGGAGGUAUUGCAGAACUAAACCUUCCUUCUUGCAAAUCAAACACCUCUAAACCAUUUUCGACAAAAAAAGUUACAGUAAUCGCCACAGGGGCUGCCAUCUUGUCAGGCUUCAUUCUGUGUCUUUGCUUGUUUAUCAUUUGGUACCGGAGAAAGAAGUCGAAAGAAAAUCUCUCUGCAACUGAAUUGCCGUUUGAACACCGAUUCUCGAGGGUCUCUUAUGAGGAACUCUUUAGAGCCACGGAUGGAUUCUCUGAGACCAAUGUGAUCGGUACAGGGAGAUAUGGUACUGUCUAUAAAGGAACUACACAGGAAGGCGGCUGGGUGGCGGUUAAAGUGCUCAACAUGGGCCACAGAGGUGCUUCGAAGAGCUUUGUCUCGGAAUGUCAAACCUUAGGAGCCAUAAGACACCGAAAUCUCGUGAAGAUCUUGAACGUGUGCUCAAGCGUGGACUAUCGCGGCAACGAUUUCAAAGCUCUAUUAUACGAAUACAUGGCUAAUGGGAGCUUAGCGAAUUGGCUUCCGCAAUCGAAUAUCUUCACGAGGAUUGUAGCCCAAAGAUUGUACACGGAGAUCUGA